AUGUCUAUGCAAUUGACGAAUGGUAUAGCAAAAACGCCAUUCCUAAUAGAAGACAUAUUAUUCCGAUCUUCCAACGCCGAACAAAAUGCCACAGACAAAAAGGCGUCUCAUGAGGAAAAUAUUACGCAAACGGCGGUAGGCCAACGCCAAAUUGGUGGCAAUCAAAGAAACGUGAUAAAUGUAGUGACAAAAAGAUUGGACGCCGCCGGCAUCAAUUCUAAUAAUGGUUCAAAUGGAGGACGUGGUAUAAGUCAACAAGUCUUCGCGAAUAUUAAACAUAAUACUGGACCUCCACCACAGGUGUACACAACAAAUAACGAUUCAGCCCUAUAUUACGCAAGUACGGGACCUUAUCAAGGACCACAUUAUGCCGAAGGAUCUUAUUUUCAAAUGGCUCUAGGAGCCUAUUUAAAUAAUUCUACAAAUGGCCAUCCUGCAGGAGUCUCACCUUACAAAAGCGUCGACCCUUAUUUUAUAACACAAGCAGGACUGAGUUUUCCAGGAGGUCCACUUUUUGGUGGAACUGCGCAUGAAUUGGCAUUAGGAAUGGGAGCACUGAGACAUUGUAGGCGAAGAAAAGCGAGAACAGUUUUCUCAGAUCCCCAACUAACAGGAUUAGAGAAACGUUUCGAAGCCCAACGAUAUCUCUCAACUCCGGAAAGAGUUGAAUUAGCUGGGGCUUUAGGUCUAUCAGAAACUCAAGUGAAGACGUGGUUUCAAAAUAGAAGAAUGAAACAUAAAAAACAACUCCGGAGAAGAGCCACAGUCGGUAAUGAAACAACUACCAAUGCCUCUAAUCAUGGAACCAGCACAGGUUCCGAGCCUGUAGACUUCAGCGGCCGCCAGUUGUCCGUGGAAUCCGCCUCCCAACUUCGGCAACUUGCAGACGGUUCACCAACAACAAACCGUUGCAACUCCGACAUCUCCGACAACUCCGAAGACGACAGCGAUGUUGACAUAAUUGGUGACCCUUCUACCAACCAUCAUCGACAUGUUGAUAUGUCGACAGUUGUCCGAGAUCAUCAUACAGAUUACAUGCAUUCGCAAAAAUAA